UGAAACAGAGCCUCGUCGUCCGUUCAGUAAACCAGGCUCGAGUGUUCAAGUCGUCGGACACUGGGCAGUAGCUAAGCAAUACCACAUAUCUCUGGCUUUAUUUCUUGUCACGUCUUCUGUAUACUUCCAGGAGGCCACCUAAAUUCCAUGUAAGCUGCGUAUGUGAUUACAAACAUGGGAUCGUUUAUUUUGAUCACCUUGUCAUUGUUUGUCUUCAGAUAUGCGGUUGGAGAAUCUACGCUUAAAUUUGUCACAGCGUUAUAUCGCCAUGGAGACCGUUCUCCUGUCAAAGCCUAUCCAACAGACCCAUACCAGGAGAGUGCAUGGCCACAGGGUUUUGGACAGCUUUCUCAGGAAGGUAUGCAGCAGCACUUUGAGCUGGGCCAGUUUUUGAGAAAACGCUACACAGGUUUCCUGAGUGAAAACUACACACGUUUUGAGAUUGUUGUACGAAGUACAGAUUAUGAUCGCACUCUGAUGAGUGCCGCCUCAAAUCUUGCUGGUCUUUACCCACCCAGUGGAUCACAGGUGUUUCAUCCAGGUUUGGCCUGGCAGCCUAUACCAGUACACACGGUACCCCAAAAUGAGGAAAAGCUGCUGUCAUUUCCUAUUCCAAACUGCCCACGCUACCAGUUGCUCAUGAAUGAGACAGAAAAAACAGAAAUCUUCCUAAAUAUGACCAAGACCUACAAAGAUUUCCUGGAGAUGGUGAGGAAUAAAACUGGGCUGAAGUCAAUUUCCAUUGAGAUGGUGUGGAGUAUCUACGACGCACUUUUCUGUGAGAAAAAUCACAGGCUGCCACCUCCAGCCUGGGUGACUCCAGAUGUGAUGAAGACACUGAAGCAGCUGAAAAACUUUAGUUUCCAGAUCAUGUUUGGUGUCUAUAAAAGAAAGGAGAAAUGUCGGCUACAGGGAGGUGUCUUGCUGGAUCAGAUUAUUAAGAACAUAUCAGCUGCUGCCACUUUAAAUUCAAAUCACCAGCUGAAGAUGAUCAUGUAUUCUGCGCAUGAUACAACCAUUGUAGCACUUCAGGAGGCGCUUAAUGUGUAUAAUGGAUUACAGCCACCAUAUGCUUCCUGCCACAUAUUUGAACUGCACCAGGAUCAAAAUGGAUCAUUCUCUGUGGCAAUGCUUUAUCGUAAUGAUAGCACUGUCACUGAACCAUACUAUUUAACUUUACCUGGCUGUGCCCGGCUGUGCCCCCUGCAGGACUUCAUUAGACUCACUAAUUCAGUCAUUCCAGCAGAUUGGCACAAGGAGUGCCAGAUCAGCUCAUCUACAAGUGAUAAAGAUGUGAUUGUUGGGCUGGCUGUCUGUGGCUUCAUUCUUCUGCUCCUCGUUGUAGCGUUGUUGGUCGUGUUGUGCCGUCAAAGCGAGCUGGUCAUUGGUUAUAGCCACAUUAUCAACCAGAGUGAUGAUCACUCCUGACAAUCAUACCAGCUUCUGUGCAAUGCAGAGUCAUCAGAUAAUGAGGGCCUUUAAAAAGCCAGUCACACACUCACCAGCAGGUACUAUAUACAACCAAAUAGGCUAUUAUAGGUAAUUUUUAGUAACAAAAACAUUUUGAUAUGGAAAGUGUGAUCUUUUUUAUAUUGCAUUUUUUGGAAGAAAGAGCAUUCAUUAUUUCCCCAUGGUUUCCUGAUUUUCCCUGAUUUCCUCCUUAAUUUAACCUUAGACUGUUUCCACCCUCCUGACAGCUCUCCCCUAUCACAUGACAGCUACCAACCAUGGAGGGUGAAGUCUAUCACAUGCUUUCUCCAAGGCUUGUGAAGCCAGCUACUACCUCUUUUCAAUCUGCUGCUUUUUCAGUGUCAGGGGACAGUGUGACACUCUCUGAGUACUAUCCUCAAACAUCUGCACAAAUGAGUUCACAGAUGCCCAUGAUGGCUAAUGUUGCUGUGGGGGAGAGAGAAUAUCCCACUUCUCUGUCCCAUUUGGCAAAACCAAAUCUUUAUGAUAGGAGCUCAUUUGUUUACAUGUCUUAAAAAAGUGUUUCAAAACACGGCCAGUGUUCUUGGUGUCACAGUAUUUCAGAAUCUGUUGGUCUCCCAGGUUUUUUAAACAUAACAAUACAGGGAAUGAUGCAGAAAACAAAAAAACAAAUUGAGCAUAUUAAGGGGGGGUCAAACUGGUUUGGGUUAUUGUUGUGGUGAGCAGAAAAGCCACAAUAAGUUGCACUGCUAUCAGCCAAGAACUACACUAGACACUAAAACAGGAUAUUUGCAAAAGGUCCAAUGAACCCUUUGUCUGUGUGUUUGAGCCCUCUUCAUUUCUCUUCUUGAUUUAUUACACUAAUGGGACUACAAGACAAGUUUUUUUGUUUUGAAAGAGCACUUGAUGAUUGGCCAGAUUUACCUCUUAUACCCGUUUGCCAUCCUCUUAAAUUUUGUAUAGAGAUGCAAGUCUGUGCUAUGCAAGUCUGUUUAAUCAAAUUUGAUGAGGAAAAACUGUCCCUAUAUAAUGAAAAGCCAAAAAAUGUGCAUGACCAAAAUAUACAGGCAUUGUAAAAGUGUUUCCAAUUUAAGAGAUAUUUUGGUAGGAUUCACAUGUUAAAAAUGAAGCCCUGGAUGUAUUAUGUCCCCACAUAAGGCCCACAAACCUCUCCAAGGUUGGAACGUCAUUAAAUAAUAUGAUUCUUUGACCCAUUUUAGUGUAUUUUCAAGCUCAGAAUCAUUGUAAUUAUAAAUUAUAGAUGAUUUUAUUUGUAUAUUUAUAAGUGUUUGUUGAUCAGUAUGUGAAUUGUAACGGGCUCAUUGAAAGCCAGUAACUGUACUUUUUAUUGAAAAUGAAUGGUAGGUCUGUGGGAUCAAUAACAUGUAACACUACUCCCCUUUUGAUUUUCACUGCGUUUUGAUUUGAAUGUUUUAAAUGCCAGCUGCCUUUGUAAAUGAAUUCAGGUCAAUAAAAAGUUUAAAUCAUCUUUCA